AUGUCUUACACCCACGACAGACAUAGCAAUCAGCUCUGCUCUGACGACAGCACAUCGUGUCAUCAACGUUUCGUAUCUAUAAAUAGCUCUCAUUGUGAGCACUGGUGUGUAGUCUGUAGUACCGGUGCUGUCAUUAUGUGCUUUCGUAUACCAAUUAGCUAUAAGAGUAGGCCAUUGAAUGGUAUGAUAACUAACGCCCAUAUCUUCGGCCAUAAUAUAGAUGAAAACGACGACUCCAUGGCGUCCUCUGUGGCGGGCAGUCCGGGCCGGCUGUCCAUCGUGUCGGCCGACUCGGACCAGUUGUGUGUCGUCUGCAACGACGUGUCUUCGGGCAAACACUACGGCGCCGUCACCUGCGAGGGCUGUAAGGGCUUCUUCCGGCGCAUCAUAUGCUUCCAGAAUGUGUACACUUGCUCUGGACAGGGACCCGAUAAAGACAACUGUCCCAUCAGUAACGACAGUUCCCGUCGCAAGUGCUGCAAGAGUUGUCGCUAUAAGCGCUGUCUGGCCGUCGGUAUGAGGGCUGAGCUCUGCGUCAAGAUUGACGGCUACAGGAAUGGUCGCAAUGACACCGAUUCCGAUGACUCGAUGGAUCCGGUGGUCUAUGGGCCCGAAGAGUUGAAGGCUUUCCGGAUGGAAGUGAACACGUCUUUCAAAUAUAACAUCCAUUUGGGCCCAAAUGAAGAGUUGAUUGUUUGCAAUAACAAUAAGCAGUCCAAUGCUAUGCUAAUGAAUAAACUGAGACUCAGUUUGGAGACAAAUGUCCGACAAUUCGUGUCUCACAUCCAAGUGUUUCGCGAAUUGAGUCCAAGACUGCAACAGAAACUGAUCGACGGCUCUAUGAAUGAGUUAUUCGUAUUGAUGAUUGUCUCCAAUUGGAAACGUUAUAGAGAUCUAAUUGCAAGCGACGACCUGUACUUCGGUGACCACAGUUUGGACGCAACGUUUCGUUCACUCAUAAAGGCAUUCAACGAAAUGCACGAAUGGAUGGCUAAGAAGAACCAACUGCUGAGGACUAAUGGAUACACUCAAGCCAUGGCAAAGGACAUGACGAGUGCGGCGCUGUGUCUCAUGUCUGUAGUGAACAACGCGGGCGACGGCACACAGAGUGACAGACGAGUGGACAGAGUCCGCGACCGAAUAGUAUUGGCGUAUGAGUUGAAC